UUUUUAUUAUUUUAUUUAUUUCUAUUUCACCGCCUGUCUCCACAGCGCACCCAUAUAAAAGGUUAUUUACUACUAACAGAAAAGAGUUAAAAGCCAUUAAAGCGUUUACAGCAGAGGAUAGAAGAUCAAACCAGAGAAUCUCCAGAAGCACAAACCCUGCAUCACAGCACAGGUGGAGGUCAGUCCAUCCCACCAUGCUGGGGUCUCCCACUGUAAUUCCAGUAAACUUAGAACCCAGCAUUCAGUCCUCCGUCUCGGUCACCUGCUCCCCAUCCGGUUUUGUUGUGCGCGUAAACCCAGCUUUCUACGGAUUAGGCGCAGAUGAUCAGGAGCUGACGCUGGGUAGGAACUGCAGAAGCAACGGGGUUCUCAGGCCGCAAGGUGAUCUGCUCUUCACCUAUGCCCUGACGGCCUGUGAUGGGGUGCAGGAGCUACCGCCCGGUUAUCUGGUCUAUAAAUAUGUGCUCCACUAUGAACCGUCUCCAAAACGGUUCCCAAGCAGAGCGCACCAAAUGGAUGUCAACAUUGAAUGUCAUUAUCCGAGAGACCAUUCUGUCUACCUGCUGGCCAUUCAGCCCACAUGGCAAACCGUUAUUCUGCUUAAAAAACUCAAGGGACGAUCCAUGGAGUUCCAAAUCAACAUAAUGGAUGAUUCAUGGAAAACAGCAGAACAGUCUCAGGUCUACCUGCUCGGACAAAUUGUGAAUAUCCAAGUCUCUGCACCUCACUUACCUCCCGGAUUAAAGUUAUACAUCAACAGCUGCUAUGCAGCACCGUCCAGUGGCUCCAGAUUCUCCCUUAAAUAUACCUUUAUAGACAACUUUGGCUGUAUGCUGGACAGCAGAUUUGAACCUGGAUCCUCUCGGUUCAUUUCCCGGACAGAUACGACCCUGAGAUUCUCCUUGAGGACCUUCCAGUUCACAGCAGACCCUGACACUAAGGUCAGCAUCCAUUGUAAGUUAUCAGUCACAUCAGAGGGUCCAGGACCUGCUCAUAAAUCCUGCACCUACCAAGACCACAGGUGGAGAGCCCUUACUGGUCAGGACUCUAUAUGUGAAUGCUGUGAGUCAACAUGCAGACGCUCUGAACCCCAGACAGCAUUGUUGGAAGGUUUCGCCAUAAGUAGACCCUUAGUGGUCUCGGAUCAGCCACACACAUCGGAGAGUGGGUCCCAGAAAAAAAGCCAAUCUGCUGUCGGCAGGACAAGGGAAGACGGCGUACUACUUUACAAAGACCUAAAUGAUAAUCAGCAAAUUUGUGAGGAUGUGGUUUUUGAAAAGGAUGAUGAUUAUGAUGAUGAGGAGGAUGAAAACGAUAAUGAAAGGCUUGAAGAAAGUGAAACCAUCCAUGGAUCCAUAACAAAACCAGAAUUGGAGUUGGCCCAUAGUAGCAGGGUCUUGGAAGACCAGUGGAUGGAGUCCAGCUUAUCAAAUUUAAAAGAGUUUACAGAGGGUGUCACAGCAUAUGGGGAUGUUUUGUUAGAGAAUAAAGAAAAAGGUGGAGCAAGCAAGGAUGAAAUCCCUAAAGAGCUGACAAUUCCUGAACACCAUAAGAAAGAUGAUUUGCCUCAUCCAAGAGGACAACUGGAGGAUGGAUUUGCAGGAGUUGGCUUAGAGGGGAGACUAAAACCCCACCACCCCAAGGAAGAAAAAAUAAAGAAACCUGGAUGUCGAGAGGGGGGUGACUGGAGAAUGAAGUCAAAGAUGCAAGGACAAAACGAACAGGAGGAAACGUGGUAUUUCACAUGGAGCUAAAAAUGAUCCACCCAUUUAAGGAUUGAUCUAAGACUCACUUGUGUAUAAUAAAUGAAGUCCAAUUUUCCUGAGUGAAUUUAUCAUUUAGAGAAAUUUUUCUAGGGUGAUUAAACUACAAGAAAAUAUUCUGAUCAAGUUGUAGCUAAUCAGCUAUAAUUAUU